AGGCAAUAGGGUCUUUAAUGUAUUUUUCAAUGGUCAUUCUGCUUUCGAGAUGCUGAUGUGUUCUAACACACACUCUCACAUCUGCUUGUAAAUAAAUAGGCGUCAGACAACAGGAAACCCACACGUUUGUUUCCUCCUUUAUGUCUGAUGUAUCAGCGGCGCUUGCUUCAGAGGACGUUUCUGCGCUUUGCUUGUUAAAAUCUGGAUUCAGUUUAUGUCUGAAUUAAUCUGAAUUACCUUUGGUGAUGGAGGAUUUUGUGUCGGGGCGUCUGCUGCUGCUGCUGCUGCUGCUGUGUCUCCUGCAGUGGGAUCAGUGUGACGGUCAGCGUGUGGUCCAGAUCCAGGAUGGCCCCCUGUACAGAGUGGAAGGAUUUCCCUUCUCCAUCUUCUGUAGUGUUAGUGGGUUUAAAGGCUCGAGUGAGCAGGACUUCGAAUUUGGUGUCAAAAAAAAAAAAGGUGAAUUCAACAUCAUCAGUACUAAAGAGCCAGACUUUGCCUUUGCGAGGUUCUCCGACAGGGUGAAGCAAAAAGAAAUUGAGAUCGAGAGGAUGACGGGGUCUUCGGCUCUCUUGAGGAUCAAAAAAGCGAUGAUGGAUGAUGCGGGACAAAUCUUCUGUCACACCCCAAGUACAGAUCCCAGAUUGUUUGGAGUAUAUGAAGCAGAAACAACACUUAACGUGGUACCGGACACCCUGAAGGCCAUAUAUUCUGGCUCUUCCUCUCAGAGUCUGUUUGAGAGUGAUCCACUUCAGCUUGAGUGCCAGGUCUACAGUGAGACUUUUCAACACACCCAUCUGUCGGUCACCUGGUACGUCCAUAGUGGAGGAGAUGAGGACCCCCGACCAGUCAUUACUCUGGACAGAGAUCUCACUAUAAAGCCAGGAGGAGGAUUUGAGGAUCGCUACCAUGCAGGUCUGAUCAGCAUGGAUAAAGUGGAGGACACAACAUACAGACUGAAGAUGCCUCAAGUGCAGCAGUCAGACCAGGGGAAGUUCUACUGCAAAACCGUCCAGUGGAUCCAAGACCCAGAUCGAAACUGGACAGAGAUUGCGCACAAAACCUCUACAGCAUGUAAUGUGGAGAUCAAACCAAUCGAGGCCCAAGAUGUAGGAUCAUUCAGUGUUUCCACAAAGGCCUCAAAAGGGCCCCUACAGGAGGGAGAUGCACUAGACAUCCGCUGCAGUGUGAAAGCACAGAAUCUUCCUGGCUAUUUCUAUUCUGUGACGUGGAUGAAGAACGGAAAGAACGUGGCCCAGAUCGGACCUUCUGGGAUGCUCACCGUAUUUGAUAGUUAUAAAGACAGAGAGAAUUCAGCAGAGAUGAGAGCAGUGAAAACAAGUCUAACAGACUACCUGCUGAGCAUCCAUUCAGCUCGAACUGAAGAUCAGGGCCAAUACCAGUGUGAAGUAUGGCAGGAGAGCAUGAAUGAAGACGGCACCUUCAAAAGAGUGCAAAAACAACUGUCCAACCCUGAGACUGUGAACAUCACGACUAAAGAGAGUGAUCUGGCUGUGGUCAUGAUGAUGAAGGAUGCAGUGACUGAAGGAGAUGCUCUACAGGUCACCUGCUCUGUGUCGGGGUUUAAGGGUUCUUUAUCAGUAUCAUGGCAACACAAGAAAGACUCUGUGGACUCCUUCAGUGACGUCACUAGUCUGACCCAUGAGGGAGUGAUGAAAGAUACUGGGACGAGGUACCAGAGUCGCCAUGUUCAAACGCUCCAUUCUCCAGCUGGAAACUUCACCCUGGAGAUUGGUGAAGCUGGAUUAUCUGACAGUGGUGAAUACAGGUGCACUGUGUCUGAGUGGAUCAUACAGAGCAAUGGCGAGAUGAAGAAAACCCACACCCAGUCUCAGCAAAAUAAAGUUGCAGUGCGUUCAGUUGAAUCUCUAAUGAAGGUCACCUUGAUAAGUCGCGAAAUAACUGCACCUAUAGAUUCUCCAGUCAAGUUACUGUGUAUAGUUGAAAGACCUGAGGUUUCUUUGGCUGUACGCUGGAUGUUUCGGGCUUUCAAUUCAACUGCACAGAAGGAUAUCUUAACAAUACACACCGCUGGAGAAAUCACCUGGUUAACAGAUCAGAGAAAUUAUCAGCUGUCAGUUCAAGAACAGCCUUCCAGCACAAUAUUCACUCUCAUCAUGCCAAGAGCCAGCAAGCGGCAAGAAGGACAGUACCAGUGCCAAGUUGAUGCCUAUCAAAGGGGUAGACAGAAAGCCAUGAAGAACUCCAACCUACUAGCAGUGACUAUACAAAAACCUGACAGCAAACUGAGACUGUCGACACUCAAGUCUCGCCAGGAAACCACUGCCAACACUGAUGCUAAGAUUGAAUGCUCCAUCCUGAAAAAAACCACAAACUCCUCUCGUUUCACAUUUACUUGGAUGAUUGGGUCUCAGAUGCUCUUAAAUAUGGACCUAGACGCUGUUGUCAAGUACGGUCCAGCAGCUGGGGUAGAGAUGGACCAGAGAAUCCGCAUGACAGUGAGACAGAAACACACUUUUCAGCUGACUGUGCAUCAGGCCAGAACCACUGACAGUGGCCAGUACCUCUGUGAGGUGGAAGAGUGGCUUCAGGAUCCUCUUGGGGAAUGGUAUUCCCUAAAGAAAUUAUCUGCUUCCACAGAGCUUGCUGUCAAAGAGAAAGCCAGUGAUUUCAGAAUGAAUAAAGCUGACACUGAGCUGAAUGUUAAAGAGGGAGAGCCGCUGAUGUUGAAUUGCUCAGUGGAUGGUUCUGGCUCUGACUCCACACUUCGCUACUCUCUUACCUGGUUCUUUACCCAAGAUCAGUCCGCCAGUGUGACACUUCUGACGUACUUUUAUGAUGGCCGCCUGAUAUACAGCAGCUAUGACCCAGAGCUUGCAGGACGACUCCAUUUCUUCAGUCCAGCGGUGGGUAUCUUCCAAUUGACCAUCCAUAGAGCCAUUCAGACAGACAGGGGGCGCUACCACUGUCAAGCUCAACAGUACCAGGUGGACUGUAAAGGCCACUGGUCAGCUAAGGCAAGCGAUAAGUCCGGUUACACCAAUGUUGCUGUUCAGCUUAUAGAGAACAAACUGAGCGUGCGCAAAGAGGACCAAAGCCGCAGUGUUACCAAUCUGCAAGAGGGAUUUACCAUUGACUGCAUCAUUGACUCGCGGUCCAGUGAUGCAUCUGUGUUUGAGGUGACUUGGUCUAAAGGUCUGGAAAAUGAGCGACCCAUCAUCAUCUUCAAUGCCAGUCGUGAUGGAACUCUACACAGCGCAAUCAAUGAUAAAGAUCUGGUCUUCAAACGCCCAGGUGCCAAGCAAUACAUGCUGACCGUGCCAAACACCAACCUCGCUGAUUCUGGCCUUUACCAUUGUCAAGUUGUGGAGUGGAUUCAGACAGCAGCAAACAAGUGGAGACGAAUAGGUGAGGACAAGUCCGGGCAGCUAUCAAUCCAAGUGAAGACUGAGGAAAGCCAACAAAAGGAGAACUUUACCAUGGAUAACACUGACAAGAGCAUUGCCAUCAAGCACGGAGAGAAGUUUGAGCUUGAAUGCACUCUGAGUGUGAAAACGAAGGAUCCAUCUCAUCACUAUAAUCUCAGGUGGAUCUUCAAUAGCCCAGACUCUUCAAGCGGGACUGUGUUAUUGGUCUACUCCUACAAUGGUCAUCUUCAGUAUGGGACAGCGAACCAGCAGCUUAAGGACAGAUUACGCUUUUCUAGACCGACUACCAAUACGUUCCAUCUGACCGUGCGAAACGCAGUUAUAGCUGAUGCUGGAAGCUAUCAGUGUAGGGUUGAGAUGUUCCAGCUUGACUGUGAGGGCCGGUGGACACAAACAGCACAAAGCCAGUCAGGAUUAACCACCGUCACAGUUCACAGUAUCGAAAGUAAUCUGCGUGUGCAGAAGGAGAACCAAACCCUCAACAUUACCAAUCUUCAGGCUGGGUUCACCGCUGAUUGCAUCAUUGCCUCUCAGUCCAGUGAUAAAUCUGCCUUUGAGGUCACAUGGUUUAAAGUUGAAGAAGAAGUAACCCAUGUUAUAUUCACUGCCAAGCAUGAUGGUACUCUACACAGCGCUCUGAAUGAUAAAUAUCUGGUGUUUGGACGACCAGACGCCACACACUAUAAACUGACCGUGCCACAGACCGACCUCACUGAUAAGGGGAAAUACUACUGUCAGGUAGAAGAGUGGCUUCACACUGAUAACACCUGGAAGAGACUGGCUUCAGACCACUCUGGAGUGCUCUCUGUCCACGUUCACAUUAAAGAUGAUCCUGAAAAGCAGUCAGCAGACCCGUUAGGAGUAACGAUGGGAAUCACCGUUCCUCUGAUCUGUUUUCUUGUGCUGGUCAUUGUAUUGUUGUUGAGACGCGAGCACAAGAGGAACUGUGAGCUGAAGAAAAAGAAGGACUGUCUGUGGGCUGAAAACAACCCUCUUUCCCCUGUGCCGGGCGACAGCUCAUGUGCAGACAAUCACACCUAGCCUCUCCGCCACAGCACUGUGAUAGUAUUUUUACUAAUAGUUAUCAACUUUGAAUGUGUCUACAAGACUCUGACUACGUUUGCAAGAACAUCAGUUAUUAAACUAUUGACCUUAAUCUGAAUAAGGCAAUAAUAUGAUUAAGGUGUUUACAUGAGUUGCUUACAUUUUUCUUUCAUGAUCCCCAAAGUUCUCCAGUCUGUCCUCAGUUUCGAGUCAUUUUGGGUGUUUAAUUAUUAUUAUUUUUACUUCGUCAGUUUCACCUUCAUUCAGCAAUAUGUCAUUCACGCCCCGUGACAAACCGUGAGGUGCUGGAUGAGAGUAUGAAGGACUGAUAGGAGAGAGUUUAAGUUUUAUACUGCACACCAAAUGGAAACUUCUGCAUUUCCAAAGUUGAAUUUUUAAAGUUGUUUUUCAAGAGUUCACACUCAGCUGAUGAUUGAUUAUAAAGCGUGUUUGGCAUGCUGUCCUGGGAGAGAGCCCUGAGCUCAUGAGAUCCUCGAGCCCUGGGCUCCCUCCUGUUUGCAAGGCGAGAGUGGAGUUUGAGCUCAGGCAGAUGUGGAGAACUCCCCUGCUGUAGUAGCUAAUGAACAGAUAGUGAUCGCUCUUAAGAGAUGACUACUGACUAGCAGCAUGUCUAUGAUGCUGAUUUAGAUUAGUCAAUUAACUUAAGCUGUGUUUUUUGACGGUGAUAGGAAACCGAGGAACCCGGGGGAAACCCACGUGAAUAGGGGAGAAGCAUAUUGUACAAAUGAAUAUGAAUUAGCCACUGAAUCAGAAAGGCACACAGUGCUGUGAGACUGAGUCGGCACUGAUUCAUACUCCAAGCAAACAUUAGUUCACUGUAAAUAGCACACAGGUGGUGUUGCAGUGUUAAAUCUGUCUCUCUAAAUACAUUACGCAUAUGAGCUUGUUAUUUUUUAUUUGAUUUAUGUCUUAUUUUUCUACAUUGUGAAGUGUGAAAUGCAACCCAUGCUCAUCCUGGAAACGUAGCCCCGUGGACGUUUCUGGAGACAACAAAACAGGUAAUAUUUACGGGAGGUAAAUAUUUGUGCAGUUUUUUGUUUUCCAUCAUCGUUGUCAUUUGCACCCGUGCUGUUUUCGCUUAAAAAGCCGCUAUCGAGCGACCCAGCCACCCUCCUCCUCCUUCUUCCCUAAACCCAAGCGAUGAUUUACAAAAGGCGCUCAGAAAAAGCAAAGCCCUCGUCCAAUUUUGACCUUGUUUUUGGAUUUCACAGCAUUCUCGCCUGAUUAUGAACUUGUUCGCUUUAUUUUUUUGGAUUCUGUUUUUUGUCUUACCUGACAAGCCGCGGCCGCCUCCUUCUCCAGGUCUCCGCUCAGCCGACGUAACACGACAAGCUAACCAGACAAACUGGAUGCGGCGGAAAAGCCCUCCACAUGGAGGAGGUAAGCCGUCUACCGGCGAGCGUAAGAGUUAUUUCGCUUGAAAUACCGAAAUGCAGCCAUACGUAACUCCGGCCACAUAAAUGGCAGUCUCCAGAAACGUCUGCGGGGCUUCCUUUCCAGAAUGAGCUUGGGUUGGUGAAAUGCAUUAGUGAUGGCAGACAUAUGAGAAGCAUUUCCUCUCUUAUUAAAGCAUGUAUUUUACUGAUGAAUGAUAGUGUGUCAGUUCGCCUUUAUUUCUCUCUGCUGUCCACAGACAUGUUUGCGCUUGAUUAAAUGAUUGUUUACAGCUGUAUCAUAUAACAAUAUUCAGAAUGUGAUUCUGCAGUUUAUAAACUCAUUCAGAUGCUUUAUUUUCCAUUAAAGUGAAUGAAAUUGAU